UUGUCUUGUCUAACUAAGCUUGGCACUUACUUAGGGACACACCGAGAGAGAUAGAGAGUGUGCGGGGGACCCUUUCGGGACAAAACCACACCCUUACACACACACACACACUGACCCAGACCCACCCCACCUCACCCGCUGCUUCGGCUCGGCAGUUUCCAACAUUCGUCGCAGGCACCUGCAUGAUCCCCCUCCCCAUUCUUGCAGGAGGGAGCCAGUAUACAAAGGAUUGUGUGUUUAGGCCAGUCGUAGAUUUCGACCAGAUUGACGGUGGAGCAAGCUGGAGCAGAAAGGGUGGUGAAGGUGAAGUAGGGAGGAAGGAGAGUAGGGGAUGAGCAGGAUGGUGGUGGAGAAGAAAGUGAGAGGAAUCAGGAAAGAGGGUGAUGUGGGUUGAGGACAUCGAGCGGGUUUUCGAGGAUUUGCGAACAGGUGGAAGAGGAAGCAUCAGCAGGAGGGGGGACGCCGAGAGGAAGAGGCCGGGGUGAAGGGUGAUGAGGAAGGAGGAGGUAGGUUGGUGCCGGGUAUGUGUUCAUGGCCGGGGUGGAGGAAGUGGGAGCACGGCCAUCCGGCGCCCCUUCUGACGACGAGCAGAGUGGAAGCAGCGGGCGGGGAAGGAAGCUAGGAAAGCUACCGACUGGAAAUCAGUUGGCCAUACUGGAACCAGGGCGGAAACCCAGAGGGCGGCCGCCAGGAUCCAAGAACAAACCAAAGCCCCCUGUGAUCAUAACACGAGAAAAUGGAAACGCGAUGCGACCGCACAUACUGGAAGUCGCGGGGGGAUGCGAUGUUGGAGACUCUGUGGCAUCGUUCUCUCGGCGAAGGCAGAGAGGGAUUUGUGUGAUGGGUGCCAGUGGUACCGUGUCGAAUGUGACGCUCCGGCAACCGACGACCCCCGGGGCAACAGUCACGUUUCACGGCCGUUUUGAAAUCAUCUCGCUGUCGGGUGCAUUCCUACCGCAUCCGUCGUCAGCACCCACCACUGGGCUCACAGUUUCGCUUGCUGGUGCCGCCGGACAAGUGCUUGGGGGCAGCGUUGUAGGGACGCUAAUGGCAGCAGGACCUGUCCUUGUGAUUGCAGCAUCUUUUAUUGGCCUUACGUAUGAACGGCUUCCUCUUGAUAACGAUGAUGAUGGAUUGACCAUGGGGCCUGGUAGCUCUACUCAACAAAACCCGUUAGCUAUCCAGGCACCGGAGCUCAAUUACCCUGCGGGAUUGCAAUCGCUCUACAGCAUUGUCACACCACAGAACCCCAACCUUAACAACCAAGCCCAACAAUUGUCCACACAGGAUGUGUUGGGUCAUUGGGCCGGAGGUGGAGGUAGUAGUCAUCCUCACCAUUCGCACGGGGGCCACGGAGGUCAUGGUCAUCACCAGCGACCCUCUCAAUACUCAUGAACUGGUUUAGGGUCUACAAUCCAUUGAGUCUUCGCUACAGCCGCGGAAGGAAUCGGAUAGUCAUCAACUGGAAGAUUUAUCACUCUCACGGGCAGAUGCUUUGAUGAUCAGACCAUAACCGCUGAUGAUAGAUUCGGAUGUAAUUCAGUUGUUGGCCACACUCCGAUCCGUUCCUUCUAUUACCAGUGCGAUCAAGUGGUCGUCCACGAAGAGUGACGACGGCAAUGCCUCUUCAGCCUGAGCCUCUGCUAGUUUUGCGUAGCCUUCAGAGCUGCAGCUUCAGCAUCCAGGUGUCGUUUUUCUGAUUCUGUAGUUACAGGAGGUUUCUCUGGAGUUCGUUAAAAGCUUACGUCUAGGUACUUGUCGAAGCAUUUUUGCUGGUCGAUGUAGGCACGGUUCUUGUCUCACUCUUUUCUGUGCAGUACAAAUGACGAACUUUAGCCGCAAUCGAGCCUCCUGUUCAUGCUGUGGAUACAGCCAUUUUGCUUUCCUUACAUGGACCAUUCUGCUCUCUAUCUCAAUUAGUUCUUAGUAGAAAAUAUAUUCCAGUAUAAGUGAUGAUCAGAAGCUAGUUCACUGCUUUCACAGUUGGUUUUUCAUUUGGUGUGGAGUGCUCCCGCCUGUGGCUUUUCUUCUGUUGAUUUUGAACUGCAUUAUUCAAUAGAGAAAAUGAUAUUUUUGCGUAUUGA